AGGAGAGGCGCCGAGCCGGCGAAUGAAUCCGCAGCAAGAAGCGCGGACGUGUCGCGCAGCAUCAGACAAAGUGAUGGAGAAGUGACCGGAGGAGCAGCUGCCUCUGCUGCCGCUGCUGCUGCUGCAUCUCUCCCUCCCUCCCUCUCUCUCUCACACACACUCCCAGCAGAGUAGACCCUGCGAGUGAAAUCGGCAAAGAUCCCCCUCCUCCUCCUCCUCCUCCUCCUCGUCGCCCAGGGCGGGCUCCCUCUUGGGCAGCAGCGGGGCGGCAGGCUGCAGUCCCGAGCGCAGCGCUCUGCGCCCGUCGAACUUGCUCUUCCAGCUGCAGCAGCAGCCGGCCGCGAGAUCCAGGGAGCCGGACGCCCGUCGAGGCCGGCGCGCUUCGGAGGAGGAGCGCAGUCGGGCCGGGAGAGAGCUGAGCGGCCAGCAGCAGCAGCAGGACUUGGACUGGCAGCAGCGGGAGGACUGCGGAGCAGGGAGGCGGCGGCUCCAGCCAGCCGUCUGUCUCCGGGCGGGUGCCUGCCCCGCAGCCCGGGGAGAAGGGAAGGCGCAGGCCGCCGGAGAGUCGAAUGCGCGCCGCGCAGCAGUGGAGAGCGGCGCCGCCGAAGGGGAGUCCCUGCUGCUGCUGCUGCCGCUGCUGCGGCUUUGCUGCCUGCCGGGCCUGCCAUGAGCGGCGGCGGCGGCGGCAGCAGCCGGCGCCUGUGGGGGCCCCCCUCGCACUCCAUGGCCGGCGGCGGCGGCGGCCCCUUCCGCGAGAGGCGCCGGGGUCCCGGCGGCAGCAACAGCAGCGCGCUCUGGUCGGCAGCCCUGGACGCCGCCUUGGGCGGCCCCAGCAACCGGAGCUCCCUCUUCCCGCGGGACCUGGACGUGGACGGCCUGAUGGGGGGCUUCGAGAGCGGCCCCGCCUACGAGGGCGAGUCGCAGAGCCCGACGGCCAAGGCGCUCCUGGUGGUGGCCUACUCGGUCAUCAUCGGCAUCUCGCUCUUCGGCAACCUGGUGGUCUGCCACGUGGUGGCCAAGAACAAGCGGAUGCAGCACUCGGCCACCAGCCUCUUCAUCGUCAACCUGGCCGUGGCCGACCUCAUGAUCACCCUCCUCAACACCCCCUUCACCCUGGUGCGAUUUGUUAGCAGCACCUGGAUUUUCGGGAAGCUGAUGUGCCACAUAAGUCGGUUUGUCCAGUAUUGCUCUGUCCACGUGUCUGUGCUGACCUUGGCUGCAAUUGCUCUGGACCGCCACCAGGUCAUAAUGCAUCCCCUGAAGCCCCGCAUGUCCGUUGUGAAAGGAGGACUCUGCAUCAUCAUCAUCUGGGUGAUGGCAAGCUGUUUCUCUCUGCCCCAUGCAAUCUACCAGAAGCUGAUAUGGUUUUCUUAUGGGAACAGAACCAAGCGAAUGGUGUGCCUCUCCAGCUUCCCCCCUCCGACCGACCUUUUCUGGAAGUACCUGGAUUUGACCACCUUUGUCCUGCUCUACAUCCUGCCUCUGCUGGUGAUCUCCAUCACGUACGCCAUGGUGGCCAAGAAGCUCUGGAUGAGGAACGCCAUUGGUGACGUGACCAUGGAGCAGUACUACACCCACCAGCGCAAGAAGAAGAUGACCCUGAAGAUGCUGAUGAUGGUGGUGGUGGUCUUUGCCGUCUGCUGGUUCCCACUCAACUGCUACUUGGUCCUCAUGUCCAGCAAGGCCAUCCAUAGCAACAACGCCCUAUACUUUGCCUUCCAUUGGUUUGCCAUGAGCAGUACCUGCUACAACCCCUUCAUUUACUGCUGGCUGAACGAGAGCUUUCGCGCAGAGCUGAAGUCCCUGCUGGCUGUGUGCUCAAGGAAGGAGGUCUCCAGGAACCACGCCUUGCAAUUCGUGUCGCCUCCUUUCAGGCACGCCUGGGAUGAGAACUACCCCUGCAAACGGGGCUCUCAGCAAACAAUAGAUAUCUCCCACAGGAACUCAGCGAGGACAGACAUAUCCAUUGUUCAGCCAAUUGUACCCGGUAGCUAGACUGGCUGUCCUGAGAGGACUCUCCCAGACUUGCCUGUUUGGGGUAGCAGCAAACCUGGGUUCCUGGAGAGACCCUGACUAGGGGCCUUUCAGCCCUAGUCUCACACCUGUCAGGGAGCACUGCUGGUUGCAGCUGCUCAGGAGAUGCGCUGGUGAACAGGACUGCAGUCCACAAGGGCACUCCAUCUGGGAUGGCCCAGAAUCGACCCUCAGGGCUGGUGCCUUCCUGGUCAGCCAGAGCUAACUUGGGAACUUGGCUGGAAGGUCCCCCAUUGGCAGCUCCAUUUGCAAAUCUUUAGGGCUUCUCCUUCAAUGCCACAGCCUGCCUCUUGACCUGGGCCCAUUUGCAAGUUUUCCUUCAUGCAUGGGGACUUCAUGCAGGCACAAAGCAGUAUGUACUGGGAGGAAAGGGCUAUUUUUCUGCCCCUCCUGGUCCUGAAAGGAAGCCACCAGUUUGGACCCAGCCUGCAACUGAUAGUCAGGAGGGAGAGACAAGGAGACGCAAAGAAUACAAAAGUGCUCCCCUCUGAAAUACUGGAGCCUUCUACAGACACUACCUACGUGUUUUAAAAAACAAACAAACCUGAGGGCUAGAGUCAUGCUUUUUUGUGCACUAAAUGCUGAGGGAAUUUUCUCCCCUAGACAAUCUAGUUUUACAAUGUCAAAUUUUGGCCCAUCGCGAAUGAGAAAGUAAAUAGCUUUUUGGUGAACAGCCAGAUUUUGUCAUAGGAGCAAGAGGCUGAACAUACGGAGGUGUUGGUGGAGCAUUUCAGUAGAUCAGAGCAGAUCUGGGCCCCAACACAGCAGUAUGAGCUCACACAGCAUCUGAGCCUGUUCUGAACCCCCUUCACAAGACAGGGAUCGGACAGAUCAGCUGUUCAGUAAGGAAGAGGCUAAAUUCACUGCCAUCUGCUUUCCCCAUAAUAGCUGAGAACUGUUAUUUUUGGAAGAGGGCCUUAUGUGCACACAGUCUUGGCAUCUGCAUUGUGGGGGGGGGAUCACACAUCUGCACACAUCUGCAUUGGUUCCUCAUCCUUUGCAUUCCUUUGCUAACUGGGCAAAGAGGCACCUUUUACUGUGGUGAUUCUCUUUAUUUAGCAGGGGGAGAGUAACUGGCCCUCUCCACCCCCAGCACAGUACUUCCAAGUGACUGUGGCUGGUGUCUAGCUUAUGUUUCUUUUUAGAAUGUGAGCCCUUUGGGGACAGGGUUCCAUCUUAUUUGUUUGUUAUUUUGCUGUGUAAACUGCCCUGAGCCAUUUUUGGAAGGACGGUAUAGAAAUUGAAUUAUUAUUAUUAUUAUUAUUAUUAUCAUUAUUAUUAUUAUUAUUAUUAUUAUUAUCCAUCCAGGCAUAUAGAGGCAGGAGGAGACUGCACCCAUAUGGGUAGUCCCUAAAUGGAUUGAGACCCUAUAGACAAGUAGAGGGCUUUCCAUCCAUUCUUGCUGAAAGUUGGACAUUUUGCUCCAGUGACUGGAUUUGUUUGGAAUGCUUACACUGUGAUGUAAACUGAUCUUUGCUAACUCACAUUCUUUCCUAAGCAAGAUUAAAGUAAUUCCAGAU